AUGUCUUCUGCACCAGUUCCACCGAAGUUACCCGCACACCGUAAAGCAAUAACUAAGGACUCUACAAGCAGUAUGCCAGGCAAAAAGUCACGCAAGCAAAUGACUGAUACUGAAAUCAUCGCGUUUAAUAACGUCGAAAUUGAACAACUUUUUAACGACAUUAAAACUGCUCGUGAGCACGCUACUGAAUCUGUUAAAUUACUCCCAACACUGACUAAAUUUGGAGACGUGUUGAAUGAACACCACCAACACACCGAAUCGAUUAAAAAUAUAUUCCAGGGACUCACUGAGAAACCUGAAGACCAUAGAAAGGAGUUCUGUAAUUGUCUGGCAGACACCGGAAUGAUCAUUUCAUUAGUUUCAUAUGAAAUGUCUGACCGAAAUGAAAGACUCGUUGAAAUGAUGCAACGAUGGAAGGCUUUUCUUGAUGUGAGUAAGGACUUUGUGAAGUCAAGAACAGAGUAUGACAAAACGUAUAAGGACUAUUCAAAAAUACUUGAAAAGGUGAAACAAAUGAACGCACAAGCGAAACCGGAUGUCAAGAAAGCAGCUGCUCUUCAAGAACAAAAGGACGAUAUUACCGCAAAGACUAUUAAAGAAGGAGACUCUUUGAGGAAAGAAUAUAACGACUUGUAUAUCAACUUUAUGCAACAAAUGAUGGACAUUUGCGUGAAGUACAAUGACGUCAUGAAGACCGCACCAUCCACUUAUCUGUCAUACCAAAACCAAUUCCAAGAGGAACUGGAACACUAUAAUCAAGUGAAAGAUGAAGAAAUUAAUAAUGACGAAGAGGAGAAAACAGCGCCAGAAUGGAUGAAUAAUUACCCGACGUGUUUCCACAUGUUUCAAACGGAAACAAUGUAUGUGGAGAACAUCACGUAUUUAGUCAUGAACUACGCUAAAAAGAUCUUAUUUGACCCGACACUUGCACUGUGUGGACUGUCACUGGAUGAUGUCAAUUUGAUCUUUGGAGGGAUCGAAUUGAUUCGAAGACUCCAUAUCUCAAUUGUAAGGAAGUUGGUGAAAAGUACUCCCGAGACGUUUGUAUCCAUUUACUCCACACAAGUCCCACAGAUCUAUCAAGUCUAUCACAAACACUGUCUGAAGUUUGGGAAGGCAUUUGCACGAUUCCAACAAUGUCUGACGAAGGAACCGUUCAAAAAGAUGGUGGACGAGAUUGCGACGAGUAACAAGAUCCCAACCCUUGGUGAAUUGCUGCGAGCUCCAUUCAUUCAGUUGUCCCAAUACGUUCCUAUCUUCACAAAGUUGAAAACGGAGUUCACGAAGAACGACGAAGACAUUGAAACACUGAUUUACGUCUUCACAAGAAUUGCAGGACACUGCGACUUGGCGGAAACGAACUUUGCGACAACGAUGGAGAUGAACAAAAUCGCGAAUAUCCCACCGAAGCAACCACCUUAUCGACGAUUUUUCAGCUCACAGCAAUGCACUAUUAAUAAGGUCGAGGGGAUGAUGUUCUUCUUCUCUGAUGUGUUAAUCUUUUCUAAGGUCAUCAACCCGAAGGAUAAAGACUAUAAAGAUAUGCCGAAGGACAAACCCUACAUAUUUGUGGAGCAAUAUGACACGAAAAACAUCUCCAAGUUUGAAAUUGACGAGAAGAAGUCGAUAGUGAAAGUGUCUAUGGCGCAGCGUGGGAAGAAAUUGCCUGAUUUGGAUAUUCUGUUUUCGAAGCUUGACUUGGCUCAGAAGUGCACACACGAAUUGUCACAAAUAGGGUAUUCCCAUAAGAAUAACAAAUUGUUUGGGAUCGACAUUAAAAGAGCGACCGUCCAACAAGAAGAUGAAACGAGGCUGAUGCCACAAGUGUUGCACCAAAUCUUUGACGCUCUUGAGAAGUCUGCGCCACAGACGGAAGGUAUUUUCAGAUUAAGUUCUAAUAUGGUGGAACUUGACGGACUCAUAUAUAAAAUCGAUGCGGGUGGAAUGGCCGACGACAAUUUAAAUGAUGCGAUUUUACUUGCAAACGUCUUAAAGAAGUACUGCGACCAACUUCCAGAUAAACUACCAGUGGAAUUACAGUCGACACAGGAGGACGAAGCGAUUCAAAAAAUCUUGAACGGACUCGAUAAAUCAUUUUUGGCGUUCAUUGAAAGACUCUUUAGACUCUUGAAGCUCAUUGCAGACAACUCUAAAGAGAACUUGAUGACUGCGGAGAACCUCUCGAAAGUCAUUGCCCCGAAUAUCUAUCCAGUGGAAACAGGCACUUUUGAUGUCGAGAAAUUAACAGGAACAGUCAAACACAUGAUCGAAGCAUAUGACACAGUCUUUGGAACUAUUAAAACUAACUUGGAAGAAUUGUAUAAGAGCGGAGAAGAAGAAAGAAAGAAGCGUGCGAAGUUUGAAUCGAAGAUGAUGCAAGGGUCUAUGAGCGAUAGAGACAUUAGUGUGUCUUCCCUCUUUGACGCAUCGAAAGAAGACUCUGUUGUAUUGACUCUAAUCGAUAUUUUGAGACAAGGAGAAGCCACUGUGGAAGAAGGAAAGAAGACAUAUACUCGAUGGGUUGUGCUCAAGAGAAAGUGUAUGAUGUUCUUUAAAGAACUUGGCCAGGCUAAAGCUGAAAUAGUAAUACCACUGUCAACUUGCUUUGUCUCCGAAGCACUCCAAGGAACAGUCCUUAAUCUCUCAUUGAACGAAAAGCAUUUCUACACACUUCAAUUCAAGGACAACCACCAAAAAUGGGCUAAACUUGUUAAGUCUUGUAUGAAACCAGAAACUCAUUGA